CGCUGCGAUGGAUCUCCGCCGUCCGAUCGCCCUCCUCUUCGGCUACCUCGGACAGGAAUGUCGUGCUACCUCGCGUUGCGGCUUCCUUCUUCCUCUUCUUCUUCUUCUUCUUCUUCUUCUUCUUCUUCUUCUCUCCUCCUCAACUUCCUCUGCCUAGUCCCAUCACUUUCGCAUCGGUCGCAGUAUUUGAAGCCCUAAAAGUGCGUCUUUUCUGAUCCAUCUUGUUCUUCCGCCGUCUCUUUGAUUCCAUUGUGAAAAUACAUGCGUGUCUCCUGCUGGCGAGAUCUCUCCUCUUGCGGCGGCGACCUCUUGGUUCUUCUUCACAUUGGAUCACACAAAAAUCACGCCUUUUACCCUUUUUUGAGUCGUUUCUUUUGGGAGAGGGAAUAUACUGAUAGUUUUUGGCUACUUUUCGUUGUUUCUCAUUUGUGAUUUGGUUUCCUCGUCUUCUAAAAGAUUCGUUGGCGAGAAAAGAUUGGAGGUGGGAGAAUCAGAGGAAGCGACUCGGAAGUUCGAGCAAAAUGCUCAGAUUUGCGCUGACUACAUAGGAUCAUUACCGGAUUCCGACGGUCUUCGUUGUUGAAUUCGUCUAUUUGGCGGUUUGCAGGCCUGCAACUGGCCGACGGAGAGAUAUCCUGACUUUGAUGUCUGUCCGUCUGCUAAUAAAGGCUGUUUAUGCCAUUUGGAUCGUCAUUUGACUGGCUAUUUGUUAUUGUUUCAACUGAUAGCUUCCCUUUUGGAUUUUUCUAUUGGGAGUUGGGACAACCUAAAGGGUUAUUCUGGAGAUCUCGUGAUUGUUUCUUCGUGCAUCGUUGGAUUCAGCUUAUAAGGAGUUCGUGAUUCCGUUCAAGAUUUCAAAAUGGUUUUUGGUUCCCUUCAGUGCAAAAGCCGAAUUUUUCCUUGAUCUAAGUGCAUCAAUAAUUACGAUCGCUUGGUUGUAACGGGAGAGGAUUAAGAAGUUUCUUAUGGGCUGUGUUUCAUCCAAGGGAUUCAGGGGAGAUGAUGUCCCGGAGUUUCAGAGACCCAAGGCUUCAAGAAGGACGCUAAGUAGACUUCUUUCUUCAACGACUGAGGACUCUUUGAAUAGGCUGGUUUCUUCUUCAAGGAGAGAUGAAGUUGGAGUGAUAGAUGCUGAUGCUGCUGCUAGCACUGAUCUCAGUACCGCACAGCUUAUAUCAAUGCCACAGGAAAAUGGAAUCACUUCUCCGUCUCCAUUUGUUGGCACGGGAGAGAGGAAGUUAUUGCCUAUGGUUGAGAGGAAUGGUAGAGUCACAACUCUCUCGGUGGAUGAUGGAGAAAGAAAGGCAUCUCCUGCAGUUAGGAGUUCUAAGGGGGCUAGGCUGCAGAGACAAGCAACAUUUGAUGCUCAGGCAAGUAUGGUAGAGCCAUCUUCAGCAGUUGUCAGUUCUGCUACGGUGAAUGAACACAAAACGAUGAUCCCUCAUGUAUCAAAUGGGUUUAAAUUCGAGCAUGCUGCAGCUGGUUGGCCUUCUUGGCUCACAGCAGUUGCUGGUGAUGCAGUGCAAGGCUGGCUUCCUCGAAGGGCAGAUUCCUUUGAGAAAUUAAACAAGAUUGGGCAGGGAACUUAUAGUACUGUGUACAAAGCCCGUGAUCUUGAAACUGGCAAAACUGUUGCACUUAAAAAAGUUCGUUUUGCUAAUAUGGAUCCAGAAAGUGUACGGUUUAUGGCAAGGGAAAUACACAUUUUACGUAAACUUGAUCACCCCAAUGUCGUGAAGCUUGAAGCUUUAAUUACCUCGAAAAUAUCAUCCAGCUUAUAUCUUGUUUUUGAAUAUAUGGAGCAUGAUUUUGCAGGACUUCUGGGGACACCUGGCAUCAAGUUUACUGAACCUCAGGUCAAAUGCUAUGUGCAGCAGCUACUUUUUGGUCUCGAGCAUUGCCAUAACCGUGGUGUGUUGCACCGGGACAUCAAAGGUUCAAAUCUUUUGAUCGACAAUAAUGGGAUCUUAAAAAUAGCAGAUUUUGGACUGGCUACUUUAUAUAAUCCUGGUCAGAAGCAGCACUUGACUAGCCGAGUAGUAACAUUGUGGUAUCGUCCUCCCGAGCUCUUACUGGGCGCCACAGAGUAUGGUGUUGCUGUCGAUAUGUGGAGUACUGGUUGUAUUCUUGCGGAAUUGCUUUCUGGGAGACCGAUUAUGCCAGGAAGAACAGAGGUGGAGCAACUGCAUAAGAUAUUCAAGUUAUGUGGCUCGCCUGCAGAGGAAUUCUGGAGAACAUCAAAGUUGCCCCAUGCUACGUCCUUUAAACCCCAACAACCCUAUCCACGCCGCAUCAGGGAGACAUUUAAGGAUUUUCCUCCUUCAGCUUUAGCUCUUCUUGAUUGUCUACUUUCAGUAGAUCCAAGAUUCCGUGGAACAGCAACUUCUGCCCUCAAGAGCGAAUUCUUCACCACAAUGCCUUUUGCUUGUGACCCUUCAAGUUUGCCAAAGUAUCCUCCAAGCAAGGAAUAUGAUGCCAAACUUCGGAACGAGGAAGCUAGAAGGCAGAGGGAAGCCGCCAUCAAAGAGUAUGGAAGUAGGAAAGGCAUACCUGUGCAUGAUAGCAACAUCGAGUCACAGAAAUUGCAUGGAAGUCUUAGAACAAGCAAUGACAAGUACAAACCGAAAGAUGAUGCACUGGCAGGUUUCUGGGUAGACCAUCCGAGAGGAACAGCUCAGAAUGGUUUCCCUCAUGGUGGCCCUUCGAUGCACUCUGGUCGAUUAUCUACUACUGGAGUGCCCACUGGCCCGGAAAUAAAAACACAUGCAUCGUACAUUCCUCAGGGUGGGGGAACUGCUCUCACGACAGGGCUAGUGGUUGCGAGAAGCCAUACUGCAAAGUUGGACCGUAGGCAGAGUGCUAAGCACACACAUUUGCCGGAAAAUCAAUCGGCCUCCAAAUACAAUCAACUUGAAUCUGAUUCAUCGGAGAAGCCAGAAUGGGCUCACCACUUGCUGGAUGCCCCUUCAUCUUCCCGCAAGAAGGAUGAGAAAACUGGAGAAGAGGAACAAGCAGCUGGCCACGGCACUAGGAAGAACCGUAUCCAUUACUCUGGACCUUUGAUGCCUCCAAGGGGAAACAUUGACGAAAUUCUCAAAGAACACGAGCGACAAAUCCAGCAGGCUGUACGCAGAGCCCGCCAUGACCGAGCCAAACCCCGAAAAUACGGCGAGAGGGCUCAGUUCGAAGCCUUGCUUUACGCUAGCAGAAAUGGCAGGUCAGAUCAUUAAUGUGUCAAACAUACAGUUCCAUUCUCCGGGAGGAAGAAGACAUUAGACAACUUGGACAAUUGUGAACCUCGGGAUGAAACCAAAUGGUAAAGCACAUCACUUUGCUUGGUCUACACAAAAGAUAUAACCAACACAUCCAGUUCGCUAUGUCGAAAAGUGAGUUCUGAAUUGUUUGUUACAUCGAAUGAUCAAAAAGCUCUACUUUAGCAUUAGUUUGACCCUGAUCUUAAUCCUUCCUAUGAUUAAUUGUAUAUAUACAAUAGAAACAAUUCGUGACAAAAUUUAGCCUAUGUUU